UCCCGCCCCCUUCGUGACGUCACGGGGAUCAGCGGUGACGUCAUGUAAUUAUAGUAAAUACAAAGUAGACGAUGUGAGCGGCGCGCGUGGAGGUUACUGUGCAAAUAUUUCUCGUUUUACCAUGACUAAUCACAAGAUACAGUUUGUGGGGGCGCCGUGUGGCCAUCAUGGCAAUUACACAUUCUACAAAGCUUUCAAAUAUAAUCUACAUGGAAUCCAGAAAAUUUUGUCCCUGGGGGAGUUUUUCUUCAUCAAGAUUUGGGAGGAUGAAGAGAUCAUAUCUAUCGGCGAGGCUCAGUUACUAUGGGAGGACCGCACUUCAGGCCAGAUUCUCGUCUCUCUCAGGAUAUAUUUCCUCCCGGAGAACACGCCUGAAGGAAGAUGCGAGGAACAUGGCGAGGUGAGUGAACGCUAUUCCUGCAGGUCGCCACGGAAGCACGAGGUGGUGUCCCUAGCAGAGAAGGUGGUGCUCCGGGCAGAGGAUGUCAUUGGGUGGAUGAGGGCAGCUGUGAGUGUCAAAUGGGACACUGGUCUGCUGGGGGUGUACGGGCCUCCUUCCCAGGACCCAGCCAACGAUGCCCACUACACACCACCUAUCUCAGGGGCGCUGGACAUUGAGGAGGUCAUGAGGGAGAAGAAGCUAAUUGGAGAUGUGGUGGAGCCCAACAGUGUGCACGUCAUCAUCCUUGCCUUCGACAAGUACUGUCGCAUCCGGGGUCUGCUCAAGCGCUUGGAGGGCGUGGAGGAGGAGUACAUGAGGAGUCGAAUAGUGGUGGCCCUGGGGGGCUUUGUGGUGCCCUCCAGAAGAACACGCAUGCUCUUCUGCAGAGACGUGUUUGAUUACCCAGAGCUGGAGGGCCACGACCUCCUCUGCAAUCAUUUAUCACCCAAGCUUCAGGGUCGACCAAGAAAGAAGCGAAAGAAACCAACAGACUCAGAAUCAGAAUCCUCGGAGACCUCUGAAGAUAUCAGGCCGAGACUGAAGGGUAAGCCCGGCCUGACCGCCAAACCCAAUGGACUGCGUGUGCUGGACCGCAAGAGCAGUUCUCGCUCUCACCUGUCACAAGUCAAGAAUGACUUUUCCACACCAGCCUUGAAUCGCUUGAUAGAGGUGGACUUCAUGUCCAAGCUGAACAAGUUCAUGAAGGACCGCAACACACCCAUCACCAGGCUCCCACACAUUGGAUACAAGCAGUUGAAUGUGUUUGAGCUGUUCACGAGAGUGCAACAGCUGGGAGGCUUUGAGGCUGUAGGGGAGAAGAAGUUGUGGAAGCAGCUGUACGAGGAGCUUAGUGGCAGUGCUCCCUCCUCCCACCCUCCACAAAGUGCUCAGUCUUAUGCCAGUAUGAUGAAGCGUCACUAUGAGAGACUCUUGCUGCCAUAUGAAAAAUUCCUAUUAGCUGAGCAGAAGAAACUUUUGGGUAUCGGUUCACCCAAGCCAAACAAGAUCAAGUCCGAUCCAGGAGAACCAUCUGUGUCUAUAUUACAACAGCAUGUGCCAAGUGACCUCAAGUCCUCUCCCAAGUUUGGGAUCAGCUGUCCCCAGUUGAUGCCCCCUCACACUCCUCCUGGCCACCUUGGAGGGGCACAGGAGGUACAUGGGUUGCUCAGUGGGCCUCACCCUGGCUCUUUAGGUGCUUCACCCCCUGUGGGCACUCCACCACAAGCCAGCCCUGCACCACCCACCUCAGUCAGUCCUCCCACCACACCCAUGGAGCUGGCGGUUCCAAAGGUUAACACCAAAAAGGAACAAAACACAAUCCCAGCUGACCUUGCCAAGAGGCCAGAAAUCACCAUUACACCCAUCCCACGCUCCAUGGGUCCUCUCGGGAUGCCAGAAGGGUUUACAGGACUCCUGGAUCCCAGUCUGUCAGUAAUGCCUCCAGGACUACAGUUGGCAGAUCUGAUGGCCCUGGAGGGAGUGAAAGCAACACUAGGAAUGUCAGCCCUUCAGGACCUCGCCAAAAUUGCAGAAAGAUACGAGAAGCCGUUACAAGAACCAGCAGCCAAGAGACUGAAAACAGACAGUACCCGAGUCAAUGGUGCAAGCUCCAGAGACAAAGACAGUGGACGUCCGUCUGUGAUUCAAGAGCCACCCUCAUGCAAGCCACCCCUGCCAGCAGUACCAGGACUUGUUCCUGCAGAUUUCUUAAGACAAAUGAAUCUGUUAGACUCCAACGCUAAGCUACUUCUUCCAGCACACCAGAGCAACAAAACAAUUAGUGCAUUAGCACAGCUCUUACCACAAACCAGCAUCUUUCCAGCUCCUGCCCCUGCAGCACACCAGCACCCUGUGACCAAGUCCUUGCGGGACCCAAUAGGACCUGAACCCCCAAGGGUCUUCCAGUCUCCAUCUGUGUAUUCCCAAUCCAAACACAUGUAUGGCAAACCUACAACAGAUGUAAGAGACUUAAGUAAAGACAAUAAGAGCACUAGUCCAGAAAUAGAAAUAUUGGAUCUCAGUCGUGCGUCGACAAACAGAAAUGGAAGGUCAUCUAAAACAGAGAGGCCAGAAAUAGAACUUCUAGAUUUGUCAACCAGACGAGAUAUAACCGUAUCCUCUGUUGCUAAACCAGGUACAAGUAAAAACUCUAAUAUUGGUAGGGUUCCUCCUCCACAUGUGAGCAUAAAAUCUUCAGAUCCUGUUCCUAGGCAUUCACCAAGUAAAAAUCCUGCAGCAGCUGCUGCAGCAGCAGCAACUGGAGUAUCUGCAGCAGCUCUUGCAGCGGCUGCAGCUCAGGGGUUGCCACCAGGCCUGUCCCUGGCACCUGCACUACUCCCGUACCUGAACCCAAUGCUUGCUCCCGGGGUGAAGCCAAACUCGGGGGCAGGGGGUCCUCCUCUGUCAAUGUUUCCCUUCAUGGAUCCCACUGCUCUUGCUGCCUAUUAUAGUAUGUUGCCUCACAGUCUAAUCCCCACCACUAGUAGUGGAGGUGGCAGCAGUUCAGGCUCAGCAUCAGCUGUUCACCACAUGGCACAAGCCCACCUACAACUCAGUUCACUGGGGCUUCCGGGUCUGUCAGGUCUUUCGCCUGAUGCUCUAAAUAGCUUAGGAAUGUACAAGAAUUUUCUUCCUCAAGGUAACCUUCCUGCCCCACAUUUUCUCUCGGGCCUCGUGUCACCACACACCCACAACCACAACCCGCCCACAACUAAGUAAAGCCAUGGCCAAAUCAAUCAUCUCAUUCAAUCGUGUUCACUCAGCCCAUUCUCUGCUCACCUGUUGCAUCAAAAAAAUUAUUCCCACCUUUCUGUUAAUUAUAAUUCAUCUUUUUAUCAUGCAGCUGUCUUUUUUUUUUUUCCUUUUUUUUUUUUUACACAUCCUGGUUUUGACACCUUUGUUUUCCCAGUAUGUUUGGAAUCAGAUAACUGUUUUCCGAAGAUAUACCUCUCUCCUCACGCCCAUAUCACCUCCAUCUCCAGCCUCACCUCAAUGCAUUACCACCACCACCACCACCACCACCACCACCACCACCACCACCACCACUACCACCACCACCACCAUCAUCAUCAUCAUCAUCAUCAUCAUCAUCAUCAUCAUCAUCAUCACCACAUCAUCAUCUUCAUUGUCAUCAUGCUCACCAUCACACCAAUACCACAGCCCUACCAUUCCUCACAAUGUAUUGGGGGAAAAGUGGAAUAAGAUUGUUUCUGCCAAUCUUGAGAAAUAAAACUUAUUUUUCAUGAUUUUUAUUCAAUAGAUAUUGCUCAACUUAUGAUUGUAAUCCUCAGUAUUAGGUAAUGAUUUCUCAACACUUGUCUGAACAUUAUCUUCAGUAUGUUAAUGGAAUCUCUGAAAAUUUAUAGAGUUGAAAAAUAAAUCUUUUGUUUUUCAUUAUAAAUUAAGCCUUAUUAUGUUUGAUUUUCCAUUAAUAUGAAAACAAGCUGAGGAAGUAAACUAUCUUGAGAAAACAUGAGAAAUAAGUUUUACAAUAACAGAAACCUUGAAAAGUCCUGAGAGGAGGGGCUCUUUUGGUACCUGGUUUAGAAUAAGAUUUUCUUGGGUUCAGUAAGUGCCUAGUUUAUUUUAUUUUCUCAGAUUACAACAAGGAAAUGAUUGUGUAUUGUACAUAAGUAUGGAAAUUAAUAAACUCACCACUUUUUAAUUUUUUAUGAUAAUGUAAAGUAUUAGAUUAGUUAUUUUUUCUAAUGAAAUUUAGUGGUCAUAGCCAGAAAGACAUUACUGUAGUUUUUUUUCUUUCUUUUUUAAAACAACAUGUUGGAAACUGGCAGUUAAAGUGUCCAUUCUUGGAUCCUGCUCUGAGCUUGGUCACGACUACCUCGGGUGUCAUGAUGCACAUUGAGAAGUUCACUUGAGAGGUGAUUACCUGAUAAUGGAACAUUAAACUAAUGAUCAUCAAUGGUUGUGUCUCCAGUCUGUCAUUUGAACCAUGAAUCAAAGAAGAAAAAAUGAGCUUCACUAUCAAAAGUAGGAUUUCUUAGUCCCCAAAACUGUUUAUUAGACUGUUUUUGAUCAUAGGUUCAAUAUUCUGUGUUCAGAAACUCACCUCAAAUAGUGUGUAAUAUGUUUCUCUAUGAGAAUCUUUUUAAGUACUUCUAACUUGUAGAUAUGUGUAUGUUAAAUAAAGAAUGGUCCUUCCAUAAGUGUUAUAUUGUAUCUCGACUGACCAAAGAUUAUUUCCUCAAAUAGCAUUCAUUCUUUGUACAUAUCUCUGCAAAUUUUACUUUACAUAAUCUGUACAUAAUGAAAUGGAUUUUAUUGAACAUAGAAAGGACCAAGUACCAUUAGGAAAAUGAACAAGAUAGCAGGAAGGUGAUGGAGCCUUUCAUCCAUGCCUGACUUGUUCUCAUCUCUGGAAGGUUUGGUAAUUCUUACCUGAAGCAUUACCUUUUGUACCAAUGUAAGGAAAACAUGGAUGUAAUAAACAAAUUCCAUUGA